GCGUAGCGUCAGCUCAGUCGAAAAGCGAAAAUCCGUCAAACUGUCGAGAUUGACUGUGAUAAACACUCCUGUGUAAUGUCAUUGUUUACUUUCACCGCAAAAUAAUUCCAAAAAGGAUCCAAAAAUACAAAUAAUUCUACGGAAAAUUGGGAAAAGACCAAAAGUGGAUUUAAUUCCCUGUUUGCUAAAAUGUCUGGAUCACUGAAACCUUAUUUGACAGCCGUAAGGCGAACGCUCACGGCUGCAAUGUGUCUUGAAAAUUUUUCAUCACAAAUUGUAGAAAAACACAAUAAACCGGAAGUGGAAGUAAGAAUGAGUAAGGAACUCCUCUUAACGCCAAUUCUCAUCAGCAGGAAUAAUAAGGAAAAAAUUCUGAUUGAGUCGAGUGUAAACAGUAUGAGAAUUAGCAUUGCUGUGAAACAGGCUGAUGAUUUAGAAAAGAUUCUUUGUCAUAAAUUCACCAGAUUUAUGACGAUGCGUGCGGAAAAUUUCAUGAUUCUCAGGAGAAAACCUAUAGAGGGUUACGAUAUCAGUUUCUUGAUUACGAAUGUCCACACUGAACAAAUGUACAAACACAAAAUCGUUGAUUUCGUGAUUCAUUUCAUGGAAGAAAUUGACAGAGAAAUCAGUGAAAUGAAACUUUCGAUGAAUGCCAGAGCUCGUACGUGUGCUGAAGAAUUCCUAAAAAAGUUCUAGUCCACGCAGUACUGACUAAUUACAAGAAGGAUGAAAUUAGAUAGAUAUAAUACGUGAAGCAGAAAGAAUUGAAGUGAACAGUCUCGAAGAAGUCGUUCUAUUCUCACUCUCACGGCGUGUUGAACACAAUAUUCUGUUGAGCACAAAGGCUUUUUAAUUUAGUUUAUUGACGUUGGUGCAAUGAUUAACAGAUUUAGUGUCGAUCGUAUGAGUAACUAUCAUAUAUAUCAGGUUAGUGAAUGGUAAAGAGUGCUCCUCAAUUUUCGAUUUUUACUUUCCUAGCCGAAGGGAGAAACGCGUACAGAGAGUUAUAUUAGCCGAAAAAAAUUGUAGAUAAUUUCACAAAUUUUAAAAUCAAAUAUCGCACGUGAAAAUUUGCACAGAGGAAAAUUGUUUUUACAAAAGAAAAUAGUUAUAUGAAAUUUCUGUUACUGAUCUUGUUUUUAUUAAGAUUUUUUGUAACAACUUUACAAGGGUAAGGCAGGGAUUUAGGGAUAAUUCAGUAUUAAGAAGACGAGAUAUGAAUAAUAUUUCACCUGAAGCCACUGAUUGUAUUACCUGAAUGUUUGUUAUUUCAACUGGACUGGCAUCUCCUUUGUAAUUGUAGCAAAAUAAUGUUGUAGAAAUGGUGGCAAAUGUCGAAUAUUCUCGUGUUGAAUGUCGAAGCGGUAAUUAUAAAAAAAAUUGUAAUUACGAGAAGAUAAUGGAAUGUUGGUAUGAACGUAAUGAAUGGGUAAAUUGUUUCAUGCAGUUUGCAAUUUUAGUCGAACUACUCAUUACACUUGCACAGUUAUAAUUUUCGAAACUGCUGUUGAUUAGCUUCCUGAAUACUGUUUUGUAUAAAUCUGAUUUAGUGACAAAAAAUAAUAAGGUCGAAAGAGAUCGCAGAACAUCGUUAAGAUUCAAUUAUAAGAUAGUGAGUUAUAAUAACUGCCAAAUCUGUAAUUAAUUCAUAAUUCUACUAAGAAAGGUAGAUAUGUAAAAUUAGAUAAUUGUACUGAGAAGAUGUUAAUAUGCUCCGCAGUCUACAGUUCUAAUAUCUAAGUGCUAAUUUUUAAAUAUUUACUUCUAUUCCAACGUCUUAUAUUUAUAAUAAACCUUGAUUAAAGAUUUA